AUGUCUACCUCUGCUCUCCAUAGCAAAUUUAGAAUAGCCGCCACAUAUCUCAAACACAUUGUACCAUAUCUCACAUACACACGCACACACACACACACUCUUUCUCUCUCAUGGUCACAAACAUUGUGUCUUUUGGAGGAGCUGCAGUUUGUGGAUAUUACAGAAUUGAUCGGAAACACACAUUUGGUUUAUCUCAACAAUGUUGUGGAAGGUUAUGUUGGACGUACUGCAGCCAAAUUGGAAAUGAUGGAAUCCUGCUCUAAUGUUACAAAACAGAAUGUUCUUAUUGAACCAACAAGUGGUAAGACUGGCAUUGGACUAGCUUUCAUGGCUGCAACAAAGGGUUACAGGCUGAUCAUCACCAUGCCUGCAUCCACGAGUUCAGAUGGUAAAGUUGAUGCUUUUGUUUCGGGAAUUGGCAGUGGAGAUCACAUUGAUGACACUUAUGACCCUCCAAAGACGCCCCCAACAUAUCUGAAAUGGAGUAGACUUGAUAACAUGGUCAAGCUUUGGCUCGUUGGAUCGAUAUCUCAGAAACUCACCACUUCAUCCUACUCCAUCAACGCCAAUGCACGUAAGAUCUAG